AUGGGUAUGGUUGCUGCCGUAUAUGCGCUAGCAUUGUUGAGUAAUCUCGCCCUGGUCAGGUGUAUAUACCUUGAUCCGGAAGUGGCCGUCGGUGGAGAUGCGCCGGAAUAUCGGUACCCUUACAUGGUGCAGUUGCAACAGCUUAUGGUUGUUAGCUACGUACACCAUUGCGGUGGUUCGCUGCUAACGGCGAGCUACAUUCUUACGGCAGCGCACUGUGCCACAGUGUCCUUAAAGCUGCAAGCUCUAACCGGUACAGUGUGGCGAAAUUCAAAUGCUGAAGGUCAACGAAGAAAUGUCACACGGAUGGUGGCACACAGACGAUACGUACAGGAUGGUACUACUGGACCACAUGAUAUUGCACUAGCCAUGGUAGAGGACCCGUUCCUAGUGGACGGUGUUCAGGUGGCUAUCAUUCCACUGCUACCAGCUUAUUACGACCACCCGUUUAAAGCGGAUGUGAUCGGAUUUGGUAAGAUCGACCACGAUGAUACGCUUCCCGAACGGUUGCGCGUGGUGCAGUGCAGUCUUCAUCCACCGCACGAAUGCGAACGGCAUGCGGAUCUGGGUGCGUUCUGUGUUGGAAGUCCGGGUGCGACCGCCUGUCAGGGUGAUUCCGGUGGUCCCGUCGUGGGUACGAUCGAUGGUAUUGAUUGGUUGGUUGGGUUGGUUUCCCACGGCAUGCGGGUGUGCGGUGCGGGACCAAUCGUUUGUACGGAUGUAAACUUUUAUGGCGAUUGGAUACGGGAAGCCGUACAUAAUCUCACUUUCGGCAGUGAAAAGUCAAACGGUUAA